UGUUGCUGCUGCGGCUCCUGCGGCUGCUGCUGGUGGUGGUGGUGCUGCUUGGCAUACGCACAUAUGUCUUCCAAUCUGAGCUGCUUUGAGCCACACUGUUUCAUCUAGUGUUAUCAAGGCUGAUGCGAGCCUCUCGUCUUUCUGGGUCUGCUGCAGCUGUUGUGUGAGAAACGGAGAAAUGCUGUGAAGGCAUGUCUGUGCCUUGUUGGUGUUGCUUUGUGAGCCAGCCAGUGUUUUGAAUUUUAACCUUUCAUGGUUGUGUAAUGGUUGUAUCAUCAUGAUAUCCACAUGGGCGUCAGUGAUUGUCAUACUGGUGGCAAUCGUGAAUGGAGCCAGAAAUGAGGAUGGCAUACAGCCGUGCGCAGAGGUCCAAACGUCCAGCUCAGCUGUGCCUUUGGGGUCACUUGUCACAGCCACCUGUGUCAUCACAGAUGCCUGCCCCCUGGUCAUUGGACAAGCUGUCCAUAUAGUGUGGAGGCUCGGGGAUCGGUUUCUCCCCAGCAGCUCUGUGUCCAAUGACAGCGGCAGGGUUUCCAAGGUUGUCAUACAGAGCUUCAAUCACACCAGGGAGUACCUCACCUGCUGUGUACAGGCCUCUCCUGUUCAAGUAGUAGGAGGAGUGGAGAUCAGAGCCGGAUAUCCACCAGAAGCGCCACAAAACCUCAGCUGUCAGACAAACCUCACCACCACUAUCACCCUGACCUGUAGCUGGGACCCUGGGCAGCAGGAAACCCACCUGAUUACAAAGUACACCCUCCACACCGAGAUAUGGGAUUUAAACCAGAACCACACUUACGAGGUCCUACCAGGAAUUCACCGCUAUACCAUCCCUCGUGCUGACUUUGUCCUGUUCUCAGAAAUGAAAAUAUAUGUGAAGGCAAAGAAUGAACUUGCAGAAGCAACCUCAGUACCAAUUAUUUUGGAACCCACCAGUGCAGCUAAGUUCGACCCACCAACAAUUCUGAAGGUUCAAGCAGUGCCUAAAAAGUAUGGCUGCCUGAAGCUGAGCUGGAUCCUAUCUCAGCACCAGGUCUGGAUGCAUAACCUCCGCCUGAACCUGGAAGUUCGUCUUGAGACCGCUGAAAGCCACCAAUUGAUUGAACAACUAAUACCGGUGAGGCAGGUUAGACUAGCCAGACCUGUGGACCUGUGUCGUCUCUUCCAUGGGACUCAGUAUCUCGCUCGGAUUAGAGUCAGAUACCUGCAGAGCCCCUGGAGUGAAUGGAGCAGCAGCCAGUCCGGGGUCACCUUGGAAAGCGCUCCCACUGGACGCCUAGACUGGUGGAUGAAGGUAUCAGGGGACGAUACGCACAAAGAACUCAGCAUACACUUGUUUUGGAAGCCAUCAAAACAAUUUCGUGCCAACAGCCAGAACGUGUCAUACAUUGUCUCGGUGCAAAAACUGCCUGGUGAAAAGGGAAAGUUGUGCUCUACAAUGGGGAAUUACUGUACUUUCCAGCUUCCCAGGAGAGCAAAGAAGGUGUAUCUGAGUGCUUUAAAUGCAGCAGGGAAAUCCAACCCCACUGAAGUUCGGAUUUAUCUACCUAAAGAUCAUACAGUGAUUUCAGACGUCUCAGUCAUUCCUCAUGAUGACAGAUCCCUACUGGUCCAGUGGAGAAGCCUGGUUUCUCCCAGUCCCACUGGUUUUGUGGUGGAAUGGAGGCCUUUGUUAAAAACAGACCUGUCUCUCACACAGUUUGAAAUAACUGACAGAAACCAGACAAGUCUUGUUAUAACAGGCAGCUUUGAGCCCUACAAGCCCUAUGGGAUCUCUGUGUAUCCUAGGUUUAAGGAUGGGAUAGGCCUUCCUCAGACUGUUAAUGCCUACUCGAGACAAAAGGCUCCAUCCAUGGUUCCAAAAAUACGAAUUAAAAAGACCUGGCAGUCACACAUUGAGCUUACUUGGGAUGAAAUACCAUUAGACCAAAGGAACGGAAUUAUCCAGAGCUACAAAGUCAUGUACUGGAAUGAGAAGGGACUCAUUAACGUUGUGAAUGCUGACCUGGAAGAGAGGACGGUGGUCCUCAAAGACCUCAACACUGGGCCUCUGUAUGAGGCAUACAUGAUGGUUAGCACGUUUGGUGGAAGCCUGAAUGGGUCAACAAUUCAUUUUAAUAUUGAGCCCUUCGAUGUGGUUACUGUUGUGUUGAUUGUGACUGCGUCUGGAGUUGGACUGUCAUUGUUGAUUAUCUUCAUUGUCACGACUUGUUUCUCCAACCACAGAAGGCUGAAGGGGCGUUUCUGGCCAGCUGUUCCAGAUCCGGCUAAUAGCAGCAUCAGGAGAUGGACAUCAGAAUCAACACAGGAUACCAAUCUUGCUUCGGACAGUGAGGAGCCCAAUCCAAUAUACCUGUCCCACCUCAGCUUCCUGGACCUCCCUGUGAAACUAAGUAAACAGGACGAUGACCUGUGGUUGAGCAGUGCAGAGGACACCAGUGACCUGGGAGAAUCCAUUUGUGGUUCACCAUUCAUCCCUGGCUACUCUGGUUCAAACUGCGACUCUGUUCCUUACGCUACUGUGAUCUUCUCCAGUCCAUGCAACAGCCCUACAAAUAAAGCUCCUAAUGUCUACCUGCGUUCUGAGUCCACACAGCCCCUCUUGGAGACUGAAGAAUCCUUCAGUCCAGAGUGCUAUCAAAAUAUGGCAACUGAGGGGUUGCCCAGAGAGCAAUGUUUUUUUGGACCGUGCCAUGAUUGCAUACCCGAAGAACAAGCCAACCCAGGCAUCCUUUGGGAUGACUUUCCUUUUCUACGAGCAUUAGCAAUGAAUGAUACACAAAAUGACUAAAAGUACUUUGCUGAUUAUAAGAGUAACCGCUUUGUAAGAUGUAGAGUUUGUGUAAUGAGCCAAUUGACAUAAGUUUGAUCCAGCAUAACACACAGCUGUAAAUGCACACUAGAUUUAAUCCUAAAAUCACUCUGAUGUUAAUGAUUAUGAUGUUGAUUAUUUGUCUGUGCACUCUGUAGAUACUUCCCUUCUUUGCAAAAUAAACUUUUUUACUGAA